GUUUUCAUUUUUUUCCUUCAACUUUGGUUUCUACUUUCAGGAGACAAGAUUCUGAAGAAGAAGAAGAAGAAAAUGGAGAAUUGCUUAAGAAGUAGGGUUCAUGAUAUCAACAUGGCUUCAAGAAAAGCUGAAGAAGCAGCUUGGAGACGCUAUGAGGCAACACAGUGGUUAGAAAGCCAAGUUGGUCCUCUUGGUAUAUCCAAACAGCCUUCAGAGAGAGAACUCAUUUCUUGCUUGAGAAAUGGUCUCAUUCUUUGCAAAGUCAUCAACAAGAUUUAUCCAGGAUCAGUCCCUAAGGUUGUGGAUAAUCCGGUUGCUUCGCAAUCAUUUACCUGGGAUUCCCAGCCAUUACCGGCUUUCCAGUACUUCGAAAACGUUCGGAACUUUCUCGAUGCUGCAGAAGAACUAAAGCUUCCAGCUUUUGAAGCUUCUGAUCUUGAAAGGGAUAGUGUAGAUAUGGGAUCAGCAUCAAAAGUUGUUGAUUGCAUUCUAUCACUUAAAGCACUUCAAGAGUUGAAGAAGACAAACAGUGAGAAUGGAUCCUCCAACAGGCACUUAAGAUCUCCAUUACUUAUGCAGUCAGCCAGUAGAAUUCAUUCGAGAGCCACGGCUGCGUUUCCCUCCGAUGCAUGUAAGCGAUUGGAUUUGUCUGCCACAUGGGAAAAAGUGCAUUCUGUUGAGAGUAAUUUUCAGAAACGAGAAGAGGAAAAUGUAGAACUACUUGUGAAGCUACUGGUUGAUCGCGUCUUGGAAGCCAAAGAAAAUAUGGAUGGGAACUUUGCUGCAUCUCUUCGUAAUGAAAAUAUGGAUCCUGUAAAACUAUUUAAGCAAAUCAUGACAAACUUUUGUGGGGUAAAGCUACCGACGAAAUCCUCUGAGCUGCCAACGCCACUAAAUGAUUCUACAAAAGAAAGAAGUAGCGUACCUCAUUGUUGCACUUCCACUCCUCCAUUAUCAGAUGCUUCAUUAGUGCCUGAAAGUUCAAAGUGUAAUAGAGGUUGCACUGGAAAGUGCAUUUGCAAUCCGAAGCAUCUCUUAGCAUUGCAAGAAAAAGAACUUCAGGAUCUCAAGGCUUUAAAGUUGAAAAUCAAGAAUGAUUUUGAGGACAUGCAAUCACAAGUUCAGAGUUUUUUUAAUGAACUCGGGAGUCAAGUAGAGGAUAUGGCAACUAAAGCUGGUGGAUAUAACAGAGUAGUAGAAGAGAAUAGGAAAUUAUUUAACAUGGUUCAAGAUCUGAAAGGUAAUAUUCGAGUUUACUGCAGAAUCAGACCCUCAUUCCAGGCUGAAUCCAAGAAUAUUAUUGAUUUCAUUGGGGAGGAUGGUUCUCUAUUCAUUUUAGAUCCAUCCAAAACAUUGAAAGAUGGAAGGAAACUUUUUCAGUUCAAUCGGGUUUUUGGUCCAAAGGCUGGCCAAGAUGAGGUGUUUAAGGACACUCAGCCGUUAAUUAGAUCCGUGAUGGAUGGAUAUAAUGUUUGUAUUUUCGCAUAUGGUCAAACUGGAUCUGGGAAGACAUACACCAUGAGUGGUCCAUCAGGUGGAACCUCUAAGGAUAUGGGGAUCAAUUAUCUCGCUCUUAACGAUUUGUUUCGAAUGUCUAAUAACAGGAAAGACAUUAUGACAUAUGACAUUUAUGUUCAAAUGGUCGAGAUUUACAAUGAACAAGUUAGAGACCUACUUGCUGAGGACAAAACAGAUAAUAAAUUAGAGAUUAGGAGCUGCAAUGAUGAUGGAUUGAGUCUUCCUGAUGCUACAUUGCGUCCUGUGACAUCUACAACUGAUGUUCUGACCCUCAUGAAACUCGGUGAGGUCAACCGUGCUGUCAGUUCCACUGCACUGAACAAUAGGAGUAGUCGUUCCCACAGUGUACUCACCGUGCAUGUUCACGGAAAAGAUACAUCCGGUAACACCAUUCGCAGUUGUCUGCAUUUGGUAGACCUUGCCGGAAGUGAACGAGUAGACAAGUCAGAAGUCACAGGGGAAAGACUAAAGGAAGCACAAUUCAUUAACAAGUCUCUUUCUUGUUUGGGAGAUGUGAUCACAGCACUAGCUCAAAAGAAUUCUCACAUUCCAUAUAGAAAUAGCAAACUCACACUUCUUUUGCAGGACUCCUUAGGUGGUCAUGCCAAAACCUUGAUGUUUGCUCAUGUGAGUCCGGAAGCAGAUUCCUUUGGUGAAACAACGAGUACUCUAAAGUUCGCUCAGCGCGUUUCAACUGUGGAACUUGGGGUAGCACGUAUGAACAAAGAAACCAGUGAAAUUAUGCAACUUAAAGAACAGGUUGAGAAUCUUAAGCUGGCAUUGGCAAACAAGGAAGCUCAGAAAUCAGUGUUCAGCAGACCCAAAGAACCAUACACUCCAUCAGAGAAACCAACCAUGAAAACUCCAUUGCGUUCUAGAAGACUCAGUAUUGAGAAUUGCAACACAGCGAAGGGCGAAAAAUCAUUGAAUCCUGAGGAUAAGGAUAAAGCUGCAUGUAAAUCGCCUUCGUUUGUACCUCGUUCGAGAAGAUUGAGUUUGGAAGGCUCCAAGAGCAACAUCAAGAAAGACAGUGCGUCAUCCGAUGUUAGCAAGACUUUACAGUAUGAGUCUGUGCUUGUGCAGAAAUAUCGUCCACCACAAGAUCCAGAAGCUGCAUCAAAGCUUUAUGGACACUUCAGCAAUGGAAUGUCCAGGCCAGAUUCGCAGGCCAAAGCUCCGCGAAGUCCUACAAGCAUGACCUACCAAAAGAGACUGAUAAAAGUAGAUGAAGGGAUCAAAAUUCAUCCUCUUGUACUACCUCAGACGCCGGAACCAACAAUGCCAGAUUUCAAUGAUGUGCAUAGUGUUAUGCAGACAACAAAGGGAAUAAGUAGCACCAAUGGAAAAGGUUCCUUGAGAAGAUCCUUGAGAACAAUCGGAAAACUUAUUAAUGGCCCUGAAAAGAGGAACCAACAACAGAAUUUGGUUGAAGUAAAGUCUCCAAUCAAGGGUGCUAGCCAUGCAAAUGAUGUAAGAUCAUCGGUUACAGCUGUAGAAAGGACACAGAGGAGGCAAUCACUAACUGGGAUUCAUGGAUCCGGGCCGAAUCGCAGAUCUUCGCUUGGAGGGAAGCCGGUACCAUAUGAGAAGGAGAGAAAUGCUAGAACACCUCCUCCGGCAGCGGCGAAGAGCUCAAAACGGUGGUUGUAGGAAGACUUCAAGAGCCAAAUAUCAAUGCUGGGGUGGUUGCUUUGACUCAAAGAAACACCAGCAGCUCCAAGCAUCCAAUUUAGUGGAUUUUGUUUUUUCAAAUUUGGUGUUUAGAAAUAUUUUUGUAAUUAUGAAACUAGGAUCAUGAAAAACAAAUACAAAUUUUUGGAAAAGAAAAAGAAAAAAUAAAUAAAUACAGCU